AUGGACACCUCGCACCACUAUCCAUGGCUCAACUUCUCCCUCGCUCACCACUGUGAUCUCCAGGAGGAGGAGAGGGGCGCAGCCGCGGAGCUGGCCGCGAUAGCCGGCGCCACGCCGCCGCCGAAGCUGGAGGACUUCCUCGGCGGUGGUGUCAUCAACGGAGAGAGAGCCAGCGGCGGCGGUGGUCCGGUGGCCGCGCCCCCGGAGGCGACGGCGACCGCGGAGAUGUACGACUCGGACCUCAAGUUCAUAGCCGCCGCCGGGUUCCUGGGCGGUGGCUCGGCUGCUGGAGCGGCGGCGACGUCGCCGGUGUCCUCCCUCGACCAGGCAGACCCCAAGCUGGCCUUGCCUACCGCCGCCGCGGCGUUGCCGGCGCCGGAGCAGAGGAAGGCCGUCGACUCCUUUGGGCAGCGCACGUCCAUCUACCGCGGCGUCACACGGCACCGGUGGACUGGCAGGUACGAGGCACAUCUGUGGGACAACAGCUGCCGGCGUGAAGGGCAGAGCCGCAAGGGCCGCCAAGUAUAUUUGGGUGGCUAUGAUAAGGAGGAGAAGGCGGCCAGGGCGUAUGAUCUUGCAGCGUUGAAGUACUGGGGUUCUAGCACCACCACCAACUUUCCAGUUGCUGAGUAUGAAAAGGAGCUCGAGGAGAUGAAGACCAUGACUCGGCAAGAGUUUGUUGCUUCCCUUCGAAGGAAGAGUAGUGGAUUCUCUAGGGGUGCUUCUAUUUACAGAGGUGUAACCAGACAUCACCAGCAUGGGCGGUGGCAAGCAAGGAUCGGAAGGGUUGCCGGCAACAAGGACCUCUACCUUGGAACAUUCAGCACCGAGGAGGAAGCUGCAGAGGCCUAUGACAUAGCGGCCAUCAAGUUCAGAGGCCUGAACGCCGUUACAAACUUUGAGAUCAGCCGGUAUAACGUUGAGAGCAUAAUGAGCAGCAACAUUCCAAUGGGGAGCAUGUCGGCCGGUGGCCGGAGCAACAAGGCAUUGGAUUCCGCUCCAUCGGGCUCACCUGAUGCCAUGCCCGUCGAAUCCAGCACUGCGCCGCUGUUUGCCGCGCUUCCGGUGAAGUAUGACCAGCAGCAGCAGGACUACCUGUCGAUGCUCGCGUUGCAGCACCACCAGCAAGGGAACCUGCAGGGGCUAGGGUUCGGCCUCUACUCCUCCGGAGUGAACCUGGAUUUUGCAAACUCCCAUGGCACUGCUUCGUCGAUGACCCACUGCUAUGUCAAUGGCGGCAUGGCCUCCUCACAUGAGCAGCACCAGCACCAGCACCAUCAGCAGCUGCAGGAUCAGCAGCAGCAGUGUGAGAAUGAGACGCAACAGAGCUCCAACAGCUGCUCCUCCCUACCAUUCGCCACACCAAUCGCUUUCAAUGGGUCCUAUGAAAGCUCCAUGACGGCAGGCCCCUUUGGAUACUCCUACCCAAAUGUGGCAGCCUUUCAGACGCCGAUCUAUGGAAUGGAAUGA